AUGUGGGAGAAUGUGUCGACUGCGAAACAGACAAAGGACGACCCCGGAUCCAGGGCGACAUAUCCGUUCCAGAUCAUUGUCAUGGAUCAUAUACCGUCAUUGCCUAGAUCCUUCAACGGCAACACCGAAUUGUUGAUCUUCGUGGAUCUAUUCUUGGGAUAUGUGAUUGCCAAAGCCAGUGCCUCUAGAUCCGCACAGACAAUCGCGGAGACCUACGAGGAGUGUGUCUUCCGCCGGUUUGGAGCGAGCGAGGUGAUCUGA